AUGAAACUUUCAAUGCUUAUAAGUCAACUGACAGCCUUUGCUGCAGCUGCCUCCGCAACAUACAGUCCACAUCCUUACGAUGCCGUCUUUCGGAAAAGACAAGCGGAAUCAACAAACGCAACUGCAGAAGUAGAUCUCGGCUAUGGCAUCUAUAGAGGUACUUUCAAUUCGACAUCUGGUCUAAACAUCUUUCGCGGCAUUCGCUAUGCUGCCGCGCCUAUUGGUGAACUGCGAUGGCAAUUGCCGCAGCCUCCCUCGGUCAAUCGUAGCAUAGUCAUCGAUGCGAGUGAUAAUGCGGACAUCUGCCCUCAAUCAGAACGCUCCGGAGAUAUACCAACUCCGGCAACGCAGACUGAGUCUGAAGAUUGCCUCUUUCUCAAUGUCUUUGCUGCCAAGAAUGCCACCGACCUGCCAGUCAUGGUAUGGAUUCAUGGAGGCGGGUAUGGUCUGGGGUCGGCCUCUCAGGAGAUGAGUGAAAUCAUCACUACGAAUCACAAAGGUUUCGUAGGAGUUGCAAUCCAAUACCGACUCGGUGCGUUUGGAUUCUUGAGCUCCGACGAAGUUCACAGAUUUGGUACUACAAACGCAGGGCUACGAGACCAACAUUUGGCUUUGMAAUGGGUACAGAAGUACAUUCAUCUGUUUGGCGGCGAUCCUACAAGAGUAACGAUUGCUGGGAUCUCGGCUGGCGCCGCUUCUGUCAUGCUGCAGACCAUGUCCUUUGGCGGCACCAUCGGAGACUCCCUGAUGAGUGGCUCUAUAGCUGCAAGCCCAUACUUGCCCACGCAAUACAGCUAUGCGGACUGGCAGCCUUCGCAGUUCUACUAUGCCUUCGCUACCGCAGCUGGAUGUUUUAAUGGAUUGGCAGCCAAGAAUCUCCACCAAUCGUCCAUUUUCCGAUGUCUCCAGAAACAGGAUUCAAAGGUCUUGAUGGAUGCGAGCUACAAAAUCUCCACUAGCGGUAUAUAUGGCAGCUAUGUGUUUUCCCCCGUCACGGAUGGUGAGUUCGUGACGGACACGCCAAGCCGGCAGCUCCUACGGAAGGAGGUGAAUGGCCAUCGAAUGCUGAGCGGCAACAACGCAAACGAAGGACCGCUCUUCGUUCCUCAGAACAUCACCAGCGAUGAAGACCUAACGAACUGGGUCGAGACUACCUUUCCGCUCCUCACAUCCGACGACAUCGCCAAGCUAUUAGCGUACUACCCUUCGGAUUCCAGUCCCGACGCUAUCAAAUUUGCAACAACUGGUAUCAACAGCCCGACCGCAGUCAAUCAGUCAAGUUUAGCGGUUGGCAACCAACAGCGAGCGAACAACAUCUACGCUGAAUCCGUCUUUGUAUGUCCUUCGUAUUGGGUCACAGAAGCCUUCACAGGGAAUGGUCGUCAAGCAUACAAGUACCAAGUCUCGGCCCUUCCAGCACUCCAUGGCUUGGAUCAGUACGCCUAUUUCAACGAACCUAGAGAUGCGAGCCAAGGCGAGGCUUUUAGCGAGGAGCUCUCAAAGAUAUGGGGAAGCUUCGUUAUGAAUGACAAACCCAGUGCUGCCGGGCUUGAAAAUUGGCCAUUGUGGGAUUCACGCAACACUUUGAUGGCAAAUUUGAAUCAAACUGGUGGCGUUCUGGUCAACAGCUCUGUGCAAGAUGGCAUUGAAUUGCAGUCUUACAAUGAGAUUCUCAAUACUACUUUCUAUGUUGGAAAUGAUAGAGAACCGUCGUUCAGCAUUGUCGAUGCUCGUACUUGGGAAGGCGGUCGUGGCGUACGAUGUGAUUUCUGGAGAUCCAUUGGAGGUGUGGUACCAGAGUAG